AUGCACGGGCUGGCGUGCAAGCAGCGCAUGCCCGUCACAGCAACCGACAUGGUGUGGACCAAGGACGGCAAGCACCUCAUCGGCCCCUCUUAUUCCCGCGUGUACAUCUACGGCCUCGACCUCAAGUGCCUGGCGGUCGUGCCGUCCACCUUCGAGCACACGCAUUGCAUGACACUCACGCCCACCCUGUACAUCGUGGACAACAAGGCGGGUGUCAUCUCUUUGUGGCAGCUUGGUCAGCCAUCGACCCUGCUUGCAGAGUGGAGGGCCGAUGCUGUCGAUAAUCACAACGAGGUGGUACAAGACGCGGACGGAGAAGAAGCGAGAGGGGAAGUAGAGGCGGAACCGGCGACGCUUGCGGACAGCAGCAACAAGUUUGCCUUCGCAUACGGUGCCAUUGAUCACCACCACCACCAUCACCAGCAACAACGGCAGCAUGACCAGCAGCAGCAGCAACAACAGCAGCAAGUGAGCGGCAGCAGUAGUGGUGUGAGCAGUGCGCUGACGCGUGUGGCGGUGUUGGAUGACUUGUUUGUGGACGAGGCAGAGCCGAACACCAACAUGAUCGUCACCACCAUGGCCACCCACCAACUGAUGACAGCCUGCUGGCGAUCGGCACUGCGCGAGGUCCUCAGCAAGCUCAAAGUGAGCAGAAACGUUCCGGUCAAGUUCGGCGUCUUUGCCCGUCGCAGCAGCAUCUUGUUCGUCAACUCUGUUGAGAGCGUGAUCAAGUGCGACUACAGCACACCACGAUACUGCAUAGCAAUGACAGAGCAGAUGACAUGGCCAUACCCCAGAUGCCGCCCCUACGUCAUUGUGCCCAUUGUUGUUCCACCAGCAACACCUCCCGCAGAAGCGCACAAGCUUGAUGACUACGAUGUCACUGCAUUGCCGCCAUCCGCGAGACACGGUGCAAACGACAACAGCACCUGCCAGUUGACAAGGACGGCAACCAAGUGCAGCGGACACCGGAGGGACUUGCUUGAAGGCCUGGUACAAGACGUUCAAGUGCAGCAGCAACAGCAAUAG